AUGGGCCCCCCACAGCUGUGGCUGCUCUUGCUGCUCAGCAGUGGUGCUCUGACACAAAAUGACAACUUAGAAGGUGAAAAUCCAGCUUGCUCAAAAGACACCACCAGAUUUAAGCACUUCAGAAAGUACGUCUACAACUAUGAGGCAGAAACAACAAGUGGAGUGGCGGGAACAGCAGAUUCACGAAGCGGCUCCAAAAUUAGCUGCAAGGUUGAUCUGGAGGUCCCACAACUAUGCAAAUUCGUGUUGAGGACAAGCCAGUGUAGCCUCCGAGAAGUGACCGGCAUCGGCCCUGAGGGAAAGGCUUUGUUAAAGAAGUCGAAGAGCUCAGAUGAGUUUGCCGCCGCCAUGUCCCAGUACGAGCUGAAAUUCACUGUUCUGGAUGGGAACAAGGUUGAGCUGUAUCCUGAGGAAAAUGAACCCGUACACAUACUUAACCUCAAGAGAGGCAUCAUUUCAGCUCUUAUAGUGCCAAUGGAGACAGAAGAUAAUGUCCGUACACUUUCUAUGGAUACUAUAUAUGGGAACUGUGAAAGUGACGUUGAAAUAGAAUCCAGGAAAGGCAACACAGCUGCAGAAAUGGCAAUCAGAAGAAACCUGAAAUCCUGCGAUAACUUCAACCCCAUCCGAGACUAUGUCAGUCCAGUUGCCCUCAUUAAAGGCUUGAAUGUGCCGUUAUCCACUUUGAUCAGCAGCAACCAGCACUGCAAGUACAGCAUCGACCCAAAGAAAAAGCACGCCACUGAGGUAGUCUGCUCUGAAAAACACCUGUUCCUGCCAUCAUCAUACAAAAAUCAGUAUGGCAUGAUGGCCCAAAUCACACAAACUCUGAAACUUGAAGACACCCCCAAAAUCAAUCACAGAGACAUGGAUGUUUCAGGCCUGGCAAAGAAAGGACUAGCUUUGGAGGGCACCGAGGCCAAAUCUCUCAAGCAUGGUGACGCUGUUCUGAAGGUCCUCCAGGAGCUGCAGAAACUUUCGGUCUCUGAGCAGAACCAGAAGAGAGCCAGCCUCUUCUACAGAUUUGUAACUGGACUGAGGGGCUUACACAAUCGCACCCUGGGUCCUCUUGUGCCAAAGCUGAUGGAAACUUCCAGUGCCCUCACAAUUCAGGCUCUGACUCAGUGUGGUACCCCAGAGUGCUUUGGAGCUAUCCUUCAAAUACUGAGGACUGGCAGUGUCGAUCCUCUUGUGGCAGAUGCUGUCACAUACAGCCUGGGGCUGCUUCCUUCUCCGUGUACAAAAAGGAUACGAGAAAUCCUUAACAUGGCCCAGUAUAAUCCAAGCCGAGCGUCCUUUUACGCCCUGAGCCAUGCUGUCAACAGAUUCUAUGACAAUAACAGGAUUAUAACCGAGGAAAUAAAUGAUGUUGCAAGUUUCAUGACAUCGCUGAUUGGCAACAGAUGCCAAGGGAAUGAUGAACUCACCUACCUGACUCUAAGGGCCAUUGGCAAUAUGGGACAAGUGAUCGAAGCUGCCAAUCCUGAGGUGAAACGCUCUCUAAAAUCAUGUAUGACGAAUAACGACGCGUCGUCCGCAGUCCAGAAAGCAGCUAUCCAGGCGCUCAGGAAAAUGACCAUUACUGAUGAGGACCAAGGGACACUUGUUGGAGUUUUCCAGGAGACUUCCUAUCCAGCUGAUAAACGUCUGACAGCUUAUCUCAUGCUGAUGAGAAACCCUUCCCAACCAGAUAUUUCCAAGGUUGUUAGAGCUCUUAUGAAAGACAGGAGUGAACAAGUAAAAAGCUUUGUAGCAUCACACAUUGCCAACAUCUUGGAUUCUGAAGAACCUGGUGUUCAAUCGCUAAAAGAGAAAGUGCAGCAUGCUCUCAAAGGAGCCCAAGUUCCAGCAGCCAAGGACUUCAGAAGAUUUUCACAAAACUACCUGGUUUCCAAAACACUUUCGAUGCCAGGGUUAGAUCCACUUUCAGCAAAAGUAGAAGGGAAUCUGCUGUUUGAUUCAAGUAGCUAUGUCCCCAAGGAAUCCAUGCUGAAAACCACACUGCAAUUGUAUGGACUUAGUCCUGUGGAUAUUUUUGAGAUUGGCUUGGAAGGAAAAAGCUUUGAGCCAACGCUGGAAGCCAUGUUUGGACCAAAAGGGUUUUUCCCCGACAGUGCCAGCAAAGCUUUAUACUGGGUCGACGGCAAGGUGUCAGACGAUGUUUCCAAAACACUCUCUGAGUAUUUUGGAUACUCCAAAGAUGAAAAACAGGAUCAGGAUAUCAUGAAAGGAAUUAUGCUUAAUUUUAAAAAACUAAUUGAAGAUCUGGCUACCAGAGAAACACCAGAAGCUACGGCCUUCCUCAGAAUCCUUGGCGAAGAGGUCGGCUACCUGAAAUUGAGCGACGUUAAGCUCUUGGGAAAUCUGAUCUUGAGGAGCUUUAAAACUUUGGAGAGCAUCCCAGAAAAGAUUGCCCACGCCAUCUCACCAGGGAACGAGAGAGAUUUAUUUGUACACUACAUCUUCAUGGACAACGAAUUUGAGCUGCCAACGGGCGCAGGGUUACAACUACAAGUCGCUUUGUCUGGAGUAGCCACCCCGGGAGCAAAAGUCGGAAUGAAAAUUACUCAAAAGAGUAUGCAAGUAGGACUGACUGCUAAACCAUCAGUGGCAGUUGAGUUUAUAACUCAUGUAGGUGUGAACAUGCCGGAGUUUGCUAGAAAUGGUGUGCAAAUGAAUACCAAUCUGUACCAUGAGUCUGGCAUUGAAGCCAAUCUUGUCGUGAAAGCCGGGCAGCUGAAGUUAAGCAUUCCUGCUCCAAAGGCUCCCACAAAGCUCUUCAGCAUCAGCAAUGUCUUGCAUUUGGUCACCCCAACCCGAACUGAAGUGAUUCCCCCUUUGACUGAGAACAGACAGUCCCAUAGAUCCUGCAGGCCAUUCUUUGCUGGCCUUGACCUGUGUACCAGAAUAGACUACUCGGCCAGUACCUCAGAAGCAACACCUUACUAUCCUCUCACUGGUGACUCCAGGUAUGAAAUUGAAAUACAGCCAACAGGGGAAGUAACAGAAUAUACCGCAAGUGCUAAUUAUGAAUUAGAGAACGAAGGAAGGGAUGUGCUUGACACCUUGAAAUUCAUUGUUCAAGCAGAAGGUGUAAAAGAUUGUGAAGCCGCGCUGAUCUUCAGAUACAACCGGGACAGAAGGAUUUUCACUGGCGACCUCCAGGUUCCCAGUUUCAAUAUUGAUGUUGGUACCAACUUCAGAAUUACUGAUGAGUCCACCCAGGAAAGGAAAGCACACACUUUUAUUUUAGACAUCAACAACAAGAAAAUUCCUGAAGUUACUCUUACAGGACGCAUGAGAUACAUUGAUGGCAGAGAGUCGAUGUUGGGAGCUGUGAUCUCAAUUCCUCGCCUGCAGACUCAAGCUAGAACAGAAGCAGUUCUGCAACGGUCAUCGAAUGGGAUAACCUUUCAGAUUGAUUCUUCGGCCACAGCUUAUGGUUCCUCCAUUUCAGAAAGGAUUGUGCUUAGAUACGAUGACGAGAAAGUUGAUAUACAGUGGAAUUCAGGCUCCAGUGCUGCCCUGAAGAAAAUGGCAGCUAACAUACCUGUGGACUUUGGGGAUUAUUCAAAGGCUUUGCAGAAGAAUGUCAAUGAACUACUGGAUCACAAAGUAGACCAUUCAGAUAUGACACUCCGCCAUAUUCUUUCAGGUUUCAUAAGAGCAAGCAACACCUGGCUGCAGCAAGCAUCCAGGGAUGUCCCUUAUGCCCAAACUCUACAGGAUAAAUUAAGCGGACUUAAGAACAUUAAUUUUCAGAGUCUGCCCCAUAUCACCAUUCCUGAAGAACUUUUCUUGAACAGCGAUGGCCAGUUUAAAUACGUUUGGAACAAGGAGAGCACCACCAUUACUGUCCCACUGCCAUUUGGUGGCAAAUCAUCCCAUGACAUGGGGUUGCCCAGGAUUUUAAGGACCUCUGGAUUGGUAAUGCAGCCACUGGCAUUCUACAUGCCACCACAAGAGUACAGUGUUCCACCGUUCACCAUCCCCAAAUCCUACACACUUCGAGUGCCUUUGCUGGGCGCUUUUGAGAUCUCAUCCAACGUGUACAGCAAUUUCUAUAACUGGUCGGCUUCCUACUCCUUGGCUAAUAGCACAAAGGACACAUACGGCCUAAGAACAAACUACCACAUAAGAGCGGACUCUGUUUUGGAGCUAUUUUCCUAUAAUAUACAAGGUCAGGGAGAAGCAAACUAUGACCAAAACACGUUCACCUGUACUUAUGUGAGCUCCAUGCAACACCGGCUCCUCAAUUCCAAUUUUAAAUUCAACAAGGCAAACACAUUUGGACUCACUCCCAGUACCAGAAAUACCAUUUGGUUCGAGACUUCCAGUCCACUGGGUGCCCAGUUUUCCCUAUCUGCUGUCGAAGAUGCCAAGUACAGUAACAAAUUGCUCACGGAAAAUGUAAAGCUGGAAGGGCAAUUGAAAGUCGCUUCAGCCUUUGCCAAGACCACAUACACACUGUCGAGCAACUUUGAUGCAAACAGCCUUGUGUUGGCAGGGGAAUCGGAUUGGACGUUUGACUCUAACUAUCUGCAGGCUACCAACAAAAUGACUGGCAGGCGAACCGACGAUGCGUGGACGAUCACAUCGGUCUCAGACGUACAGCAGGGAUUUCUGACUAACACCGCUUCCUUGAAGUAUGAAAACAGCCAGCUGAAGUUGACAUCCGAGACCACUGGAAGCCACCGGAACUUUGCAGCUCUAAACAAGCUGGACUUAGCCAUUGCCAAGCAAGGGGCAUCAUUUCGCUCGGAGUACCAGGCCACUUACCUGCAGAACCGAUAUUACACCCUGCUUUUGGGCUCCGUGAAUAGCCAAGGUCUUCAGCUGAACGCUGAUGUGUCUGCAAACGGUGCAAGGAACAAAGCAGCUCAUAAAUGCUCGCUAAUGAUUAAUCGGAAUGGCCUGGCUAGCAGCGCAACCACAAACUUGAUGUUUAGCCCACUGACACUGGAGAGUAAAAUGAACACCCAGGUUGGCCCCGCGGGAACCACCAUGGCGAUCAACACUAUUGGACACUACGGGAAAAACAAUGUAAAAUUUGACCUGGAUGGACGGGCAGCUCUCACAGAAAUAAUGAUUGGCAGUGUCUGUCAAAGCAGCCUCGGGAAUGUGGAUGGCAAGAACGUCUUCAACUUCAGAGUGAAUAAAGAUGGGCUCAAAUUUUCAAAUGGCUUGAUGGGCUCUUACAAAGAAAUGAAGCUGGAGCUCACGCACGACCUGAACCUCGCAGGCCUGUCUUUGACGUACACAUCGAAUUUAGACAACGCCAUCAGCGCGGACAAAUUUCAUAAGCAUCAUUUCGACUUCCGGCUACAGCCCUACACUCUCACCGCCAACGUGAAUAACAACUUCAAGUACGGGAAUGCGGACAUCGCCAACGUCGCUCGGCUGCAUCUCGAACCACUGAAGGUAAAUUUUGACGGCAAUGUGAAAGGUGCUUAUGGAGCUGACGAAGUGAAGCAUACCUACGCCUUCACAUAUGCCGACUUGGCAGCAAACUUUAAGACUGACACCGUUGCAAGCAUUCAAGGUGCGGCUCUUACCCACAGGGUCAAUCUGGAUGUUGCAGGACUCUCCUCUUCAGUCAGCAUCAACACAAAUUGUGACUCCAGAUCCUUGCGGUUUUCCAACGUCCUACGAUCUGUCGUGGCCCCAUUUACACUCACUGUCGACAUGCAUACCAAUGGGGACGGAAGUCUUUUGGUUGUGGGAGAUCACACAGGGCAGCUGUACAGCAAAUUCCUGCUCAAAGCAGAACCUCUUGCUUUUACCUUUUCUCAUGAUUAUAGGGGCUCCACCAUUCACAACUUAAAUUCGGGGAAGAAAUACAGCACACUACUUGACAACAAAGUCAACGUCCUUUUUACUCCAUCUGAACAAAGAAGUGCCUGGAAACUGAAGAGUGAGCUGAACAAUAAUGUGUACACACAGGAUCUUAGUGCUGUCAAUGACGCUGAAAGGAUAGGUGCAGAGAUAAGCGGACAAACUUUAGUAGACCUUUCUGUACUGGACUUCCCUAUUAGUGUGCCAUUUGGGAAUCUUCAAAGAGUCAAUGUAAUUGACAUGUUGGGUCUAAGGGAAGUUGUAGCUAACCCUCAAGAAUUCAGUCUUGCUCUUUCUGUGAAGUAUGAUAAGAAUACAGACAUGCAUGUCAUCAAUCUGCCAUUCUUGGAAAAUCUGCCUGUGUAUUUUGAGAAAAUCAGGCAUUCCCUUUUAUCUGCACUAAAGUCCCUUCAGAAGACCCUGAAAAGCAUCAAUAUUGAUCAGCAUGUGCGAAAAUACAGGGCAGCAUUAGACAAAUUUCCCCAGAAAGUUAAUGAUUAUGUAAAUACAUUCAAUUUGGAAAGCAAAGUGAAUAACCUAAAAGAGAAACUGGAUGCUUUCAUAAGGGAUUAUACUAUAGGAGUAGAUGACCUUCAACUUGCUUUGGAAAAUACCAAGAAUAAUCUUCAGGAAGCUUUGGCCCAGCUUCAGACUCUCCUGAUAGAAGCUGAAAAGUUAAUCAGAGAGAACUUUGAUCAGUAUGACCUGAGGGCAGCUGUUGUGCAACUUAUAGAGAGAAUUGUGGAAAAAAUUAAAGUUAUCGAUAGACAAUACCAAAUCAGUGCAAAAACAAUUGACACUAUUCAGCAGCUAAAAAUGGCCAUCUCUCAGUUUGACGCCAGUAAUAUCGGAAGCAGCACUGCAGCUUGGAUCCAGAAUAUGGAUGCAGAGUAUAAAAUCAGAGCUCGGGUGCAAGAUAAACUAGAUGAACUCAAAAGCCAGAUUGAAAGUAUUGAUGUCAAAAGUAUUGCAGAUAAUUGGAAGCAUCAGAUUGAAACAAUUGACCUCAGACUACUUAUAGAAAGACUACAAUUGUCCUAUCCAGUUCAAAAACUGAACCAAAUUCUUGAACGAGUCAAAGACAUUCUUCUAGAUUUUAUGGAGGAUUAUGAGAUAUCUGAGAAGAUCAAUGUACUCCGAGGUAAAAUCCAUGAACUAAUUGUAAACUAUAAGGUGGAUCAGCAGGCCAGAGUUCUACUGGACAAACUUAUACAGGUUUCUAACCAACAUAAAAUCAAAGAAACAGUUCAAAAAUUAACCCUGUCAUUGAAAAAACUUGACAUAAAGUUAUUCUACAAUCAAAUAUUGAAAGCGAUUGAUGAUGCUGUUAACCGGCUCCAAACAUUUGAUUACCAAAAUCUGGUGGACGAAGUCAACAAAUUUCUCGAUCGUAUUAUAAAGAAGCUGAGGCAUUUUGAUUACAAUAAGUUUGUAGAUGAAACAAACAACAAAAUCCAGGAAAUAAUACAGAAGAUCAAUGAGGAAAUCAGAGAGUUAGAACUGCCUCAAAAAGCAGAAGCUGCAAAACGAUAUAUCAGAGACGUUGCUGUUGUGGUUGCACAGUAUGCAGAGAAACUGAAAGAAAGUAGACUUGCAAUAAUAUUGGACUGGUUCAAGGAUCUGCUAAGCUCUACAGCAAUAAGUGAACUUAAAACUAAGAUACAUGAUUAUCUGGCAGAGGUCCGUAGUAGAAUUUAUGAAAUGGAUGUUCCAAAGGAGUGCCAGAGGUAUCUUGAGAAGGCAAGCCAGUUGUACAAUACAAUAGUUACCUACAUGGUUCAUCAAUGGCAUGCUGCCUCAAAGAAGAUUACCCAUUUGGCUGAACAAUAUAAUAUUAAAAAUAUAGCUGAUAAUUUGAAUCAGUUUGUUGAAUCUGGUUUUAUAGUCCCUGAAAUCAGAACAGGAAUAAUCAAUGUACCUGCCUUUGAAGUGAGCCUUCGGGCCCUACAGGAAGCAACUUUUCAAACACCAGAUUUUAUGGUUCCACUAACUGACCUGCAUGUUCCCUCAUAUCAGGUAAACUUCAAGAAAUUGAAAGAUAUCAGAAUUCCAGUCAGAUUUACUACUCCUGAAUUUUCCAUAUUAAAUACCUUUUUGAUUCCUUCUUAUACUGUGGAUUUUAAUGAAAUCAAAGUGAAGAUAGUGAAGAUGAUUGAUCAAAUUAUUUCAAGUGACUUUCAGCUGCCGGCAGCUGCUGUGUAUUUCAAAGAUUUAAGGAUGAAAGACAUGCCCUUUUCUGAUUUUUCUUUCCCAGAAAUGAAUUUGCCUGAGUUACAAAUACCCGAGUUAGUGAUCCCAAAGCUAAAUCUCAAUGAAUUCCAGUUCCCAGAUAUACAGAUACCAGAAUUCCAGCUGCCACGUAUUCCACACACUGUGACUGUCCCAGCAUUUGGCCAACUGACUGGUACUUUCCGAGCAGUCUCGCCCUUCUUUACCCUGAGUACUAAUGUUGGCUUUCAAAAUACCACAGCUUUUGCUCACAGCCCAGAAUUUGUGGCCACAGUUUCAGCUCUAGUGACGUCCAAAUUCGACUACCUUGAUUUCACCCUUGCCGCAGACGCUCGUCUCUCAGCUCCUGAGAUGAAACAGCUAAUCUUAAAAGAGACCCUGAAGCUCUCCCACUUGUAUUUGAAAGCAGAUCACAAUAGCGAAAUCACAUUUUUGAGGACGUCUGCUCAAGGUAAUGCUGAAACGACAGUGAGCCUGCGCAAUGCCAAAAAUGCUGUAGAACUGCACAACAAGUUAACCGUCAGCCUGCAAAAGAAGGUUUCCAUGGAGAGCAAGUCGAUAUACACACACAGGUUAAAUGUCCCCAACGCCUACUUCACUAGCCAAGCUGAACUGAGCAAUGAGAUAAAAACUGAACUGGAAGCAGGACGUGUGAUGUUUACUUCCACUGGUAAAGGGAACUGGAAAUGGGAUGCUCUUGAUUACUCUGAUGAAGGAACCCAUGCCUCGAGUGUCAGUUUCACCAUAGGAGGGUCUGUAGCUGCACUUGUGGCUGAAAACCGGGUGAAUGAUAAGUACUUGAAAGUCGACCAGAGAUUGCAGUAUGAAUGUCACUUACCAAGUUUCGCAAGCCUUCAGGUUGCAUCUACAGUGGAAUCGCCACAAUUGGGACUCAGUGUCCUAAAUCUAUACGGCUCAGGAGAUCUCGCCAAGAUGAAAACGGAGCUAACCGGCACACACAAUCUGAAACUCAACGGACGCUUCUCUGGAAUGAUAAAAAACAGCGUGGCCUUCUUGGUGCAGCCCUUUGAAAUUAGAGCAUCAACAGAAAAUGAAGGGAAUGUAAAAGUCAGCUUCCCGCUCAGACUGGUUGGCAAAAUUGACUUCCGGAACAACUAUGGUCUGCUGUUGAAUCCUUCCAUUCAAUUAGUCGGCUGGACAGCUGAAGGCAGAUUUAACCAAUACAGAUAUGCCCAUAACAUCUCUGCAGCUAAUGAUGUAGAUAGUGUUGAAGCUUUGGUGACCAUGAGUGGUGAUGCUAACUUGGACUUCCUCAGCAUUCCUGUCUCCAUUCCUGAAAUCCAUGUCCCAUACACGAAUGUUAGAACAUCUCCAGUAGUAGAAUAUUCUCUGUGGGAGGAAACAGGGCUGAAGAAUUUUCUGAAGACUACAAAGCAAUCGUUCGAUUUAAACCUAAAAGCUCUGUACAAAAAGAACAAGGAUAUGCACACAUUUGAAAUUCCUUUCGAGGGAGUGCAGAGAGCCCUCCAGCACUCCAUUGUGGUGUUCAACAAGCAUUUCGAAAGAGGCAGGGAUGACGCUUUGGCUUUCCUUACAGAUUCAUAUAACCGAGCCAAGACAAAGUUUGACCAAUACAAAGUGGAUACUUCCCUGGACAGUCUUCCACAAGCCUUCAGGAUUCCGGGCUAUACCAUUCCAGUAGCCAACAUUGAGGUAUCUCCCUUUAUUGCUGAGCUCCCAGCUUUUGGCUAUGUGAUCCCAAAAGAAAUGAGUACUCCAAGUUUCACCAUGCCGCUUGUUGGAUUUUCAGUGCCAUCAUAUACAUUAGUUCUCCCUUCGCUAGAGCUACCCGUCCUCCAUAUCCCCCAUGGCCUGCGUACACUUAAGCUUCCCAGCUAUCGAGCACACAAGCCACUGAACAGAAUUUACAUUCCAGCCUUGGGAAAUUUCACUUAUGAUUUUUCAUUUAAAUCCAGUGUAAUUACCCUGAAUACAAAUGCUGGGCUUUUCAACCAAUCUGAUCUCAUUGCUCGCUUAAGUUCGUCGUCCACUUCUGUGAUCGACGCGCUACAGUACAAACUGGAUGGAACAACCAGUCUUACAAGGCAAAGGGGGCUGAAGCUUGCAACUGCAUUAUCUGUGAACAAUAAAUUUAUUCAGGGAAACCAUGACAGCACUAUCAGUCUCACAAGGAGGAACAUAGAAGCUGCAGUGACAACAGCAACAAAAAUCAACACACCAUGCUUAAAAGUAAAUUUCGGACAGGAGCUUAAGGGAAACACUAGGUCCAAGCCUAUCCUCUCUUCGGUUAUAAAUGUAAAUUACGUUUUUGACAUGCCCACCAUUGGCACCAAUGCUAAAGGAGCAAUUGACAACAAGUACACCCUAGAAAGCAUAACAUCUGACAUUGCUAUAGAAACUUCAACCAAUGGUUUCAUUGAAGGAGUAUUUCACAAGAUAAAACCAUUUUCUGGAAAGCUGCUUCUGGAAGCAAAUGCCUUCUUAAAUACUAAAGGUAUUCGCUCUGGUGCCAAGUUUGAGUCUAGCUCUAAAGUUGAUGGAAUCUGGAAUCUGAAUAUCAAUGAUAUUAUUGCUGUCGAAGCAUCUGCCCAUCGUCUUUAUGUAGUAUGGGAUGACAACAAUGAAUACUUUCUACAGUAUCUUCCAGUAAUUGAUAUGAAUGGAAAGCAUGGUGGCAAAUUAACUUCAGAAGUAACUCCUGGGAGUAUCUCAACAAUCCUUCAGAUAUAUAAUGUCCUUCCUCAGACUUCAGUUAAUCAAGUUAUUUCAGUGACUGUCAAUACUGAACAUCAGAAAAUUGAUUGGAAGGGUGAAGGCCAAAUUUUCCCUCUGACACUUGGACAUGACUUACAAUUAACAAAUACCAAAACAGACAUUCAAUUUGAUCUAUCUGGAUCUUUAGGUGGGCACAUAGAUUUCCUGAAACGUAUCGUGCUACCAGUUUAUGACAUGAGCUUAUGGGAUGUCUUGAAAUUAGAUCUUACCACUAGGGCUGGAGAGAGGCAAUAUCUCAAUGCGUCAACUGCCUUAAUAUACACCAAAAAUGAGGACGGUUAUUUUUUCCCUAUAAAUGUGAAUCGAUUGGCUGAUGGGUUUACAUUUACGAUUCCAGAAAUUGAACUGAAAGUUCAAAAUCCUGUGAUCACAAUUCCAGGAUUCAAUGUUCCUUUUACGACACUGCAAGUUCCCCCUUAUACCAUUGAUCUACGUGAAAUAAAAGUCCCUGAAAAGCUGAGCACCAUGCCAUUUGACAUUGGAUUCCUUUCACUGCCAAAAAUGCGGUUUCCCCAAUUAGAUGUUCUAACUAGCUACGUUGAUUCAGAAGGACAUAAACAUCCCUACUUCGAAUUGACUGUACCUGAGUAUCUUUUAACUAUAUCCGAAUAUACUCUUCCAAAGACUGUUUCUUUCGGCAAUAAAAUUGUGGAUUUGAAUGCUGUCGCCAACAAGAUAGCAGACUUUGAUCUGCCAACAAUUACAAUUCCUGAGCGGCGGAUUGAAAUCCCAGCUUUCAAACUUGCUUUGCCUGCUGGCAUUUACUUCCCCAAAUUUGGAGCUUUGAGCAGUUCUGUCAAAGUUGCUUCUCCAGUGUACAGCUUCACCGGGAAGUUGGGCUUCAAAAACAACGAAGAUUCAUUUGAACGUUCCAUUGAUUUGACUGCAAAUUCACCUCUGCAGUUCCUGGAGUAUGACCUGGAUGCUUUGACCACCUACACUUACAAAAAUGGCCUCUUCGCUGAAGCGACUCAAGGCACCUUAUCACAUCUCGACCUGAGUGCAGAAUAUAAAUCCAUUCUUAAUAUGCAAGGAUUCAGCAUCCCUUACUACACAGCUUCUCUGGACAUCAUGAGCCCAACCUUCACUGAUGCCCAAGUGCGUUACGAAGGACAUCACUCAGGAAUUUAUUCUUCAGUGUCUUCCUCUUCCGCUGGUACCCUCGGUUUUGUUGUCGACAGGGACGCCGAUAUCAUCAGUGGAAAACUUUUCUAUCGAACUCAGUCUAACCCUCAGAAUGACAUUGACAUCGUGAAAAGUGAGAUAUCGUUCGGAAAACCCGAUGUGAUCCAAGUCAGAACCAACUGGGAAGAAGAUGGUGUCAAGGACUUGCUCCUCGGUUUAAAAGAGAAGGUACCCAAAAUGGUCGCUGCAGCGUACAACACCGUUAACAAGUAUCAUCGCCAGAACAUGGGGAUGGACAUCAACACUGCUGGCCUCAAGCUGAAGGAGAAACUGAGAACCAGCGUCGAUGGGGCUUUCCGAGAAACUGUAAAAAGUAUCGAUAAACUCGAGCACCGACUUCAUGCUGCCACCAAACAGGCCGCUGCGAAAUAUGACUACCUAAGGAUGAAAACCGCAAAACUGUAUCAAGAAACAUCAGAUCAAGCUGCCCAGCUGGACUAUGACAAAAUGAGAACCACGGUUUUGGAUAUCAUCAUGGAUAUAAUACAGGAAUACCAGGAAAGGAUGAAGCGUCUUAUCGACUCUGCCAUUGAAUUUUUGAAGGUGACCAAGUUCCAGAUGCCAGGGCUGGCUGAGAAGCACACCGGCGAAGAACUGUAUCUGAUGGCCACUGCAAAAUUAGCAAAAGUGACAGACCUCUGCAUUUCAAAGGUCCAAGAACAAUUUGAUGCUUUGAUUAAGUAUGUCAAUGAGCUAGAGAUUGAAAUUCCAGCUUCCAGCACAAUAAUCAGAGGUGGUGAUAUACUUAACGAAGUUAAAAUAUUUCUAACUCACAUACAAAAGAAAGCCAGUCAGAUAUUUGUCGGACUUCAAGAGAUCGACUUUGCGGAAAAGUUAAGAGAGCUGAAAGGAUUAGUUCAACAAGUCUUCCAAAAGGCAGAAGAGCUUAUCAGGAAUUUACAGUCCCAAAACUAUGAAUAUAUUAUUGUCCAGACAAAAUUAGUAUUCACAGAUGCCUUAGAAAAGCUGAAGAGCUUUGCAGAGGAUAUAAACUACUUGCUCCCUCGCUAUGUUAACAUCAUCCAGAAUACCUUGCAGAGCGUCAUCUCAAAACUAGAAGAAUUUCUGCAAUAUUUGAAGGACCUGCGGCAGAAAUACUUGGAUCCAAGUGUAGGCGAGUGGUCUGUCAAAUACUACGAACUGGAAGACAAAGUGAUAGGUUGGCUGAAGAGCCUUCUUGGUGCUGUAGCGGAGUGGCAUGCCACAUAUAUUGGUGAUGCUGCUGACUUCGUGUCACGUGUCACAGAUCGAGUGCGAGAAUUUGUGGCACACCACGGAAAUGUCACUGAGCUCUCAGAAUCUGCUCGUGACAAGAUCCUGAAUUGGUCAGAGGUCGCUAAGAGAAGUGCUGCUGAACAAAACCGGGAGGUCAAAGCAAAGCUACAGGAGGCCUAUGAGAGCUUUAGUGUGUCGUCUGAAAGACUGAUUGCCGAAACAAAAAAAUUGAUCAACCUGAUGAUAGAAAAUUACACCGCUUUCCUCCAGUACCUCAAAGAGCUUCUUGACCAGUUUGAGCAAUCAACAGCUGACGCUCUGAGGCCCUAUGUAAUUGUUCGACAAGGAGAACUCAGAAUUGACAUCCCAAAGCCAUUUGAUUUGCAGUCCCUUAACAUAAUGCCCCGGUUCAGUGAGGAAGAGUUCAGGAAAAAAGUUGAAUUGGCACACAAACUGAUUCGGCAAGGCGUUGAUCAAAGCAGCAAACAAUGGGAAGAACUGCAAAGAUUCAUUGCCCAGCAGACCAAGGAAAAUGUACAGAGGCCUGCCCAAUCUUGA